GAGCGAGGCCGCAGUCACGGCCGCUUUCCUGGCGAAGCGGAUCAUUUUAAAUGAUUAUUAUGUGUUGAUUGUCUUGUUCUAGAUAUUUGUCUUGCAUGUUAACAACGAGUAUUUGGAUAUUAGUAGUAUUACAUCGUUUGGUUCAUGAUUGAUCAAUCAUUAACAUUUUCUAACCGAAGGUUUAGUAACUGCACUGUUUAAUGAACAGCUAUUGAAUCUACCUUUGGACCUUGAUUGCCUUGAACGAUUAAUAGUCUUUACCUCUCUAUAUAAGUGGGUUAGGUAAUCAUUAUUAAACAAUGCAACAUUGAUUUAUGUCAUAUCUCGCCAGGAGGGGGCGCUGCUCUCUUUGUUGGAAAGAUAAAUUUGACGUCACUUCCUGGCGCUGCUCUCUUUGUUGGAAAGAUAAAUUUGACGUCACUUCCUGGCGGGAUUUCGACCCGAAAAGGGAUGUAAACAACACAAGGGAACUUUUAACCUGUGAUACCAUUGAUGAGAGUAACGUUAGUGUUUUUCUGAUAAACAAGGCUUGCUUUGCGGCAGCUGCUUAGAGCAUUUUUAAACUGUAACAUAACGAUUUAUUUGCAAACCUAACCUCAAUCAAAGAAGGCACGGCCACGUUUUUGAGAUGGACGCACCUAACAAUGUGGGGACCCUCCAGCACACGGUGGAGGCGGUGGUGCUGGAUCGUGGGCCUGCUCCUGACAGCUCCAGCGAACAGAAAGAUACUCAACCUGCAGACAUGCUGAGAAUAAAACAACAGAUGUCCAACCAGUGCUUUGAGAUGGAAAUACAGCUACAAGCAGGAAAAAGUAAGCUAUCAUACAGUACAUCGGAAGCUGAGAGAGAAUUGUCAGAUUAUGUCAAUGAGCUGGAAAGAGUCAAGACAACUCAUUUUAACAGCACGUUCACACUGCACAGGAUGCAGAUGUGGCACGCUAUUGGAGAAAAACUGAGACAGACUGAUUCAGACGCACUUGCCCUGAAAGCUGUGAAUGAUCGCUGCAUGUCUCUCUGUUCACAAAUAAAACAACUUCAGCAAGAGACGAGAGAUUUUCAAGAUGAAAUCACCAAAAUUCAGAAGAAGAGGCUUGAGAUGAAGCGGCUCACUCAUGAGAAGAUGAAAGAGAUGGGUGACUUGAUGUCUAAGACCGUGCACCCAGAUACAGAGAAGUACAAAGCUGUGUUGGAGAAGGGCCAGGCCAACCUUGAGAAAUACAAAAAGAUGACCAUCAUGACACAGAACGUCCUCAGGGGAAUCCUCUUGGCCUGUAAAGUCAACUGGCUCGAUGAUCCCAAACUUCGAGACAUCGCGAUGACACUGGAGGACUUUCCCAUUUCUGACUAGUCAAGGAACCAACUCACUGCAUAUGUGUCUGUAUUAUAUUAUCAAAUAAUUAAUAAAGAAACUGCUUAAAUCAGUACUGUAAUAUGAUCAAUAAAAAACAAACAAUGGCAAUGACGUCCAGCGACCACUGGAGGG